CAGGGAGGGGUUCUUUACCCGGUCGGGCAGCUGAAGCUCGGCUCUCGGGUUACCCCUGCAGCGACGCCCCCUGGUCCCACCGAUACCACUGCUGCUCCCGCCCCUUCGCUCCUCGGCCGCGCAAUGGGCACCCGCGACGACGAGUACGACUAUCUCUUCAAAGUUGUCCUUAUUGGAGAUUCUGGUGUUGGAAAGAGUAAUCUCUUAUCUCGAUUUACUCGAAAUGAAUUUAAUCUCGAAAGUAAGAGCACCAUUGGAGUAGAGUUUGCAACCAGAAGCAUCCAGGUUGAUGGGAAAACAAUAAAGGCACAGAUAUGGGACACGGCAGGGCAGGAGCGAUACCGAGCUAUAACAUCAGCAUACUAUCGUGGAGCUGUAGGUGCCUUAUUGGUGUAUGACAUUGCUAAACAUCUCACAUAUGAAAAUGUAGAACGAUGGCUGAAAGAACUGAGAGAUCACGCUGAUAGUAACAUUGUUAUCAUGCUUGUGGGCAACAAGAGUGAUUUGCGUCAUCUCAGGGCAGUUCCUACAGAUGAAGCAAGAGCUUUUGCAGAAAAGAAUGGUUUGUCAUUCAUUGAGACUUCUGCUCUAGACUCUACAAAUGUAGAAGCUGCUUUUCAGACAAUUCUGACAGAGAUAUACCGCAUUGUUUCCCAGAAGCAAAUGUCAGACAGACGUGAAAAUGACAUGUCUCCAAGCAACAAUGUGGUUCCUAUUCAUGUUCCACCAACCACUGAAAACAAGCCAAAGGUGCAGUGCUGUCAGAACAUUUAAGGCGUUUCUCUUCUCCCCUAGAAGGCUGUGUAUAGUCCAUUUCCCAGGUCUGAGAUUUAAAUAUAUUUGUAAUUCUUGUGGUCACUUUGUGUUUUAUUACUUCCUCAUACUUAUGAAUUUUUCCAUGUCUUAAGUCUUUUGAUUUUAGCUUUAUAAAAUCAUCCACUUGCCCCGAAUGACUGCAGCUUUUUUUCAUGCUAUGGCUUCACUAGCCUUAGUUUAAUAAACUGAAUGUUUGGAUUCCUCAUUUACUGUUUACUUUUCAUCAUGGAAGCCUGUCACUGUAGGACAUACUAGAACUUGAUCACUUGAAGCUCAGACCUAUUGGUCUUGAUCAAAUCAAACUAAGAAGACUUUAGAAGAAAUAAGCUAUCAUUUUGCCACAGAGCAGCUUAUAAUGAGCAGCUAAUAAUUCAUACACUUUUCUCUCAAUGCAGUGUAUAUUUCCACAAAUCUAAGAAUUGCCCUAUAAACAUAGCAGGAUUUUGAGAGCUUGAAAAUUUUCCAUUAUUCUGGAAGUCAAUUUCUAAAAAUGCCUUAAUAAGGUUAAGUAGUUUAGUAAAUUUUGUCUUUUAAUUUUUGUAAGCGUCAAAGUUGAUUAGAGAGGGGGACACUUUUUUUCUGGAUAAGAAUUAUCUUAAUAAACAAAAGACUGUUUAUGGUUUCAGUAGCAGUGUGGUUAUGGAGCCAUAUGUUCAACAAUGCUGCCUGGCAGGCUGGGAACUUGAGAGACUGGUGGAAUUCCAUCUGAGAUGCCUCUGUUGCAAUGAUCAGGCAGCCCAAAUCAUUGAACUCCUCUAAUUUCCCAGCAGUAGAUAUGUGGCAUUUUAUUGCUCAGGCAAUAACUGGUUUAAUGCUGUUAGUAUCAAAUUGUGAAGUGUUAAUUUUGUCUUAAAACCUUCCAGUAAAUGAAAUGCAACCUAGUUUUAUCACCGUUAUCUAUCAGCAGGCAUGGAUAAUUAUUUUAACUAUGCUGAUUUUUGAGUUUUGCAGUAUAUUAUGGAAUACAGUCCAGUUAAAUAUCUGGUUUCAGUAUGUCUAAGGAAUAUAGUAAGAGGUUAAUUUCUGCUCAAGUGGUACCACUUAAAGGCAUGUAUUUUAGUAUGUAGUACCUUGAGUUUAAAUAGAAUGCAUUUAGGCAUUAUACAAACCUGAACUACUUUUUCCCCCACUACAUUAUUGAAAUCAGUGGAGCAACUAGUUUCCCAUUUAGAAAUGUGCACACUAAUACUGAGUUUUACUUUAUUGUGGAUAAUAUUAAGCACUUACUCUGCAGUGUUCUGAAAGUUGUGUCAACUGAAUUGAUACUAUUCAGGAUGGUGGAAUAUCCCCCCAGUACAAAAAUAUAUGUGUUUGGGCUUGCAUAGAUUACUAUGUUUCUUAGUUAAUCUGUCUUUUGCGGUGCUCAUGACGUGUGGGGCACAUGUCGUGUGGGGCACACGGAAGGCAUUGCUGUGGUCAGUCUUUCGGUUUUCUUCUGUAGCCAUUUAUUAGAGUGUUGGUUGGUUAUGAAGAUACUAUUAUCUAUUUGUAAAUUGCUACUUUGUAUUUUAUGCAUGCUCUGUAACUUGAUUUAUUUUUAUUUUUAUUUUAUUUUUUAGUUAUUGAUUUGGAAUAUAUUCACAUUCUAAUAAACAGUUAUAGGGGGA